CUCAACGACGAUAAACCCUUGUCCGCCUCCUCCUGCUAUAAACCCUAAUAAAACCCUUACUGGUUUCCAUCUCUCAUUUCUCUUACAAUCAUCCCCGAUUCUUCAAAACAGCGCAAAGUAGAAGAUGACCAGUGGUAAUCUUCUCGCACUGAGGAGGACAUCUUCCUCAUUUAGGCGAUUAACCCUAGCUGCUUUAACCAAUUCCACUCAGUCUCUCUCACAUCAGUCCCUUUCCGCCGAUCUUUGCCCCACCAGAAAUGGUCCCUCUGGCUCCCGUAACUUCUUCACUUCUCUUCUUCCUACGCCGACCUUGUGCGGAAACGGAUCUUUUGAUGUGUCGGCGCGGCGCAUUCAUACUGGAUCGGGGUUGAGUUUUAGGGCUGUGAAUGUUUUGUCUCAGGCACAACCUGCUGUUGCUGAUUUCUCGUAUGACGAUGUCGAUUCGGCCCCGGAAAAAGGUGCAAGUGGUCUUGAGAUUUCGAAGCUUGGGGUAUCUGGAGAGAUUGUUUCCGCUUUGUCUAGGAGGGGUAUUACCAGCCUCUUCCCUAUUCAGAAAGCUGUGUUAGAACCCGCGAUGCAGGGUCGGGACAUGAUUGGUCGAGCUAGAACAGGAACAGGGAAGACUCUUGCUUUUGGAAUCCCUAUACUCGACAAAAUCAUCAGAAACAAUGCUAAGAAUGGUCGCAGUAGGAGCCCACAAGCAAUGGUUUUGGCACCAACUAGGGAGCUUGCACGUCAAGUGGACAAAGAAUUCUCUGAAUCAUCAAAUUUGGUUUCAGUUUGUGUUUAUGGAGGAAUGCCCAUUCAGCGCCAAAUGUCUCAACUUGAUCAGGGCGUUGAUAUUAUUGUUGGUACUCCCGGUAGAGUCAUCGAUUUGAUUAAUAGGGGUGCUCUGAAUUUAUCAAAAAUCCAGUUUCUUGUACUCGAUGAAGCUGAUCAGAUGCUUAAUGUUGGGUUUGCUGAUGAUGUUGAGACAAUAUUGAGCAACCUGCCACAGAAUCGUCAGAGCAUGUUGUUUUCAGCAACAAUGCCUUCUUGGAUUAAAAAACUUGCUCAGAAGUAUCUGAAGAAUCCUCUAACAGUGGAUCUGGUUGGAGAAUCGAAUCAGAAGUUGGCAGAUGGAAUUACCCUUUACACAAUUGCAUCAGCGGGGCAUGAGAAGCCAUCCAUUAUUGGACCUCUAAUAACGGAACAUGCAAAGGGUGGUAAAACUAUAGUGUUCACUCAGACAAAACGCGAUGCUGAUAGACUUUCAAAUGGUAUGCAAAGAAGCUUCAAAUGUGAAGCAUUGCAUGGCGAUAUUUCACAAAAUCAACGUGAAAGAACUCUAGCAGACUUCCGAGAUGGCCGUAUCAACGUUUUGGUUGCCACUGAUGUUGCUGCCCGAGGCCUUGAUGUACCAAAUGUUGAUCUGGUUAUUCAUUACGAACUGCCAUCAACUUCAGAAGUAUUUGUCCAUCGAUCUGGCAGGACAGGACGUGCUGGAAAGACAGGAAGUGCAAUCCUCAUUUACUCUCCUAACCAAGAUAGGGAUGUCAGAACAAUUGAAAGGGACGUAGGAGCCAAAUUUAAGGAGCUUCCUAAGGUUACUGUUGAACCUGGAUCUUCCAUGUUCAAUGAUAUGGGAUCAAGCAGUUUCGGCUCGUCCUCGUAUGGACGAAGUAGUGGUGGAGGUCGAUUUGGUGAUUCAGGGUUUGGACGUGGCGGCGGCGGUGGUGGUAGAUUCAGUGACUUUGGAGGAGGUUCUAGGUCUGGAGGAGGAAGGUCCAGCUUUGGUGGCGGCCAAUCAUCCUUCGGUUCUGGGCGUUCGAAAUAUGGUGAGUCUGGAUCAGGAUCAGGAAAGAGUUCAUCAUUUGGUGAUUUUGGUUCUGGACGAUCAUCAUCAUCAUCAGGUUCAUUUGGUUCUUAUGGACGAUCAUCAUCAGGUUCCGGUUCAUUUGGUGGGUUUGGUUCAGGUCGGUCUUAGUUGAAUGCUUUUACCCAAAACCCAGAUGAUUCAUGAUAUGAUAAUAUAUAUACAUGUUCGGCCAAUAACCCAGCCCCCCUUUUUGAAAGGAUGACGAUGAUGUUAGCUUUAAGAAAGGCAUCAAUAUUAUUAGUAUUAUUAUUAUUAUUAUUUAAGAAAGGCAUCAAUAUUAUUAGUAUUAUUAUUUGUCACUGUACUAUUCACUCUUUUACAUUAGACAACUCUUAAAGUAUGUCAGUUUUGGUUUGUCUACUUGUAACUUCUUGAGAGAAGUAGAAACACUUUCUUUCCCAACUAUUAUUAUAUGUCUUUUUCACAAGUUAUAUUUUGAUUCA